AUGGCCAAAGACGAAGAGGCCACCAACGUCCAGGUGCAAGAAGUUCCCAAGAAGACUUGGAGACGCCAUGUCUGGGAUACACUGGACAAGCCUCGGGAAGAGCGACAUCUGUUGUUCAAGCUGGACGUUGCGUUGCUGGGGUUGGGUUGCCUGGGAUAUUUCACCAAGUAUCUCAGCCAGGCAAAUCUCACCAAUGCCUUCGUUUCCGGAAUGAAGGAGGACCUUGGCAUGUUUGGCAACGAGCUGAAUUACGCCCAGACGGCUUUCACAGUCGGCUAUAUCCUCGGCGAGGUGCCCGCUAAUAUCAUCUUGACGCGAGUCCGCCCGUCCAUCUUCAUCCCCACUCUCCAGAUCAUCUGGACUCUCCUGACCUUCUGCCUUGCGGCGACCAAGACCACUACUCAGCUCUAUGUCUUGCGGUUCUUCCUCGGUCUGUUCGAAGCCGGGUACUACCCAGGUCUGAACUGGAUGAUUGGUUCAUGGUACCGCAAGGAUGAGAUGGCCAAGCGUGCCGGUAUCUUGAAUGCCAGCGGCUCGGCUGCUCAGCUCUUCUCCGGCUUCUUGAUGACCGGUGUUAUCAACCUGGGAGGGCGCGGUGGGCUGCCCGGUUGGAAAUGGCUCUUUGUCAUGGACGGGGUUAUCUCCUUUCCGAUAGCGGUCAUCAGCUUCUUCUAUCUGCCCGACUUGCCCGAAACCGGCAGCAAUAAGAAAAUCUUCAAGAAGGAGGAAAUUGAGCUAGCUCAGCAUCGCAUGGUGCUCGAGGAGCGCAAGCCGCGAGCGGCAUUCACAAAGGCGAAGGUCAUCAACGUCCUGACGUCUUGGCCACUCUAUCUAUUGCCGUUGUACUACAUCUGCAUGAGCGCCACAGGCGGCACCCCGAUCUUCCCGCAAUACCUGAAAUAUCAUAAGGAUCCCACCUACACGGUCGCUCAGAUUAACCUGUACCCUUCUGGGCAGUACGCCAUUCAGGUUGUUUCUGCGCUGGCUUACGCGUGGGCCUCGGAUACCUUCCUUCGCGGUCGGCGAUGGGAGGUUCUUCUUUUUGGCUCGGUUCUCAACGUGAUUUUCUGGAGCUCCCUCGCCGCCUGGGACAUUUCAGAGGGCUGGAAAUGGGUAUGCUACUACCUACAGGCGCAACAUGUUGGGCUGAGCGGCAUUAUCUUCACUUGGGCCAAUGAGAUCUGCACGGACGACACGGAGAAGCGUGCCAUCGUGCUCGCAACAACAAACUCGAUGGUGAGCAUGGUGAAUGCAUGGCUGCCUCUGAUUGUGUGGCAGCAGGUGGAUGCGCCCAAGUAUCAUAAGGGCUUCAUCACAGCAACAGCCAUGGGCGCGGCGUGUUUGAUUAUCAUCCCGGCAAUGAAGUUCCUCCAGGAUCGAGACGAGAAAAGGUGA